GCAUCUUUUUUCUCUGCUAAUUCUUUCUAUCCUCUACCAAACGGGGUAUAAGGCUAUUUCUCAAAGAAAAUCAAACAAUAGAAUAGCGGUGUUCACCGACCAAAAAGAACACAGCCGUCGCACAGAGUAGAAUGGCCACGAUGAACAAGAAGACCAAAGCCAAAGUGGUGAAAAGCAAAGAAAAAGAGAAGAAGAAAACUACUACUCAUGAUGAUGGAACCAACAAAGGAGACAAUAACAACAACGUUUUUGCUUCAUGUUCCUUUUCUAGUCUCGGUCUUCACCAAACCUUAUGUGACCAACUUCGUGAAAGAAUGGGUUUUGAAGCUCCAACAUUAAUUCAAGCUCAAGCUAUUCCUGUUGUUCUCUCUGGUCGUCAUGCACUGGUUAAUGCUGCUACGGGCACAGGGAAGACUAUUGCAUACCUGGCUCCGAUAAUUCAUCACUUGCAGAGUUAUGAUAAGAGAGUUCAGCGCUCCGAUGGAACAUUUGCGUUGGUUCUUGUACCAACGCGUGAGUUAUGUUUGCAGGUUCACGAAAUUCUUCAGAAGUUACUGCACCGGUUUCAUUGGAUUGUUCCAGGAUACAUUAUGGGUGGUGAAAGUAGAUCAAAGGAGAAAGCCAGACUGCGCAAAGGCAUAUCAAUUCUUAUUGCAACUCCUGGGCGCCUUUUAGAUCACUUGAAGAACACAUCAUCAUUCGUGUACACUAAUUUGCGCUGGAUAAUUUUUGAUGAAGCUGAUCGUAUUUUGGAAUUAGGAUUUGGAAAAGAGAUACAAGAAAUACUAAAUCUUUUAGGUUCAAUGAAGACAGGGCACGAUGACCAAGAGAGUGGAGUUCCAAGACCCUCUAAAUUUCAAAGACAAAACCUGCUUUUAUCAGCAACCUUAAAUGAGAAAGUAAACCACCUUGCUAAAAUUAGCUUAGAGGAUCCAGUUAUGAUUGGUAUUGAUGAUAAAAUAAUGGAACCAACGUCAAGAAUUAGAUUUGAUAAUUCAGAUUGUGAUGAAGACAAUGAAGACACACAUUCCAGUAAAAUACCAGCAAUUGGAGCUUAUAAAGUGCCCGAACAGUUAAUUCAGAGAUAUAUGAAGGUGCCUUGUGGAUCACGGCUUGCUAUACUUCUUUCUAUUCUAAAGCAUCUUUUUGAAAGGGAACCUUCACAGAAGGUUGUGCUAUUCUUUUCAACAUGUGAUGCCGUGGACUUUCAUUAUUCAUUGAUAACCGAAUUCCUUUUUUCAUCAUAUCCACAAACCGAAGAAGGGAACAGAACAAUGUUUCUAGGAUGCAAAACUCUUCGGCUACAUGGUAAUAUGGAACAGGAGGACAGGACAACCAGUUUUCAGGCCUUUAAAACUGAGAAAUCUGCCCUUCUUUUGUCUACUGAUGUUUCUGCCAGAGGCUUAGAUUUUCCAAAUGUUAGAUGCAUCAUACAAUAUGAUUCUCCCGGAGAAGCCACUGAAUAUGUGCACAGAGUUGGAAGAACUGCUCGACUUGGUGAAAGAGGAGAGUCAUUGUUAUUUCUGCAACCAUCUGAAAUAGAUUAUUUACAAGACUUGGAGAAACAUGGUGUCUCACUGGUGGAGUACCCUCUCCUCAAAGUGUUGGAUAGUUUCCCACUGUCAGCACACAAGAACAACAUAAAGAAAUCUGUUUUCAUAGACAUGCAUCCGUGGAUCAUGUGUCUCCAGAAGGCACUUGAGUCCUGCAUCUCGUCCAAGCCCAAAAUGGAAGAACUUGCCAAGAGAGCAUUUUGCUCUUGGGUCCGUGCAUACACAGCGCAUCGUGGGGAGCUGAAAAGAAUAUUUAUGGUUAAGAAACUUCACUUAGGGCACGUAGCAAAAAGCUUUGGACUGAAACAAAUACCAUCCUUAGUUGGAAAGUCUUUCCAAAAUCAAACUAAGAAGAGAAAGAGAUUUGAGAAGAAAAAUGGGCCAUCGAAUAAGAGAAAAGUUGCACGGCGUGUGACAUAAUGCAGACUAUAAAAUGGCUUAUAAUGCAAAUUUAAUGAAGCAAAUGGUGUCAAAUGAUGACUACCAGAAUCUACGUCAUUGUGUCAACAAAGUAGUCUCUUUAGUGACCUGAGAUCAAGUAAUAGCAUAGCGCUAAAGGCCUUCAAAUUCAUCGAUAGGCAAGAAUGACACUAACAUACAACAUGUUUGUUUCUUUAGGCGUCCUUAAAAACACGGUGGUUUCAAUGAAAGAGAUUCUUCUCAAAAAAGGAUUUCUGAAAGUGUGCCACAUCGUGUAGAUGACUUAUCUAAACACAAGAAUGGUAUUGUAAUUUCAUUUAGUUAUGGCUUUGGUGUUUUUUUUUCUAGGGUUUGUAUAUCCCUCAUGUUACUUGGAAUUUUGUUUUGUUUUGCUAAGUUAUUUGCACAAUAGUGUUGGAAGUAUUAUGAUGACCAUCAAACAUGUGUGGUUGAAAAUCGGAAAAAGCGAAACAGUUCUACAAAUAUGUUGGGAUUUUAGACCUAAUUUUUGUUGUUAGUCUAGAGUAACUUUUAUUUUCAUCUUAAAAGUAC